ACAACACCUACUAGAUUAUUGCUAAUUAAUUAGUUUUUUAAUGUAAAGAAGUUUUUUUUUUGCUUAAAUAUUUCGCUAAUAUUGAAGUAAAGUCGAAAUGGAUUUAAAUUUAUCUGUUUUUCAAGAACCCAGAGGGGUUAUGAGGGUUCUUCACCUUAUCUUUUCAAUCUGUGCCUUCGCAACUAUAACAGGUUACUCGGGCAUUAUAAAGUAUGGAUGUGCACUUGGGAGUGGUUCGAAGAGUUUCAGCUAUCCAUUCGAAAUAGUGGUAACAGAUUCUCUGAAUAGUAGUGAAACCACCAAAUGCAACAUUUCUAUCCUUGGAGACUUCUCAUCUGAUGCCAAAUUUUUUGUAUCAACAGGAGUAUUAGCUAUGUUGUAUACAUUGGCUAUUAUUCUCGUAUACACCAAAUUCGAUGAAAUCUACAAAAGCAAUACAAAACUACCUCUAUAUGAUUUCCUGAUAACAGUUCUUUUCGGAGUCCUGUGGUUAUCCAGCAGUGCUGCUUGGGCUAAUGGUUUGACUGGAUUAAAAACCGAAACAAAUCCGCAUUUGGAUGACGAUACGGCAUGCAAAGGUUGCACAGCAACAUCUAACAAUUUCUCCACGUUAAAUAUAUCUGUGAUUUUUGGAUUUUUGAAUUUCUUCUUGUGGGCAUCAGAUUUGUGGUUCGUUUACAAGGAAACCUCUUGGUUUCUGGGAAACCAGAGACAAGGGGUCGAUGGAGUUUAAGUAACACACAAGUAUUAUUAGAAUGCGUUCAGAUUGAGCUAGUCGAUACUGCACAACCUUUGCUAGAAGCUACUUGAUUUCGGUUAUUUGUGUCAUGAAAGGUAGGCCAGUCAUUGUAGGAUAGGGAUUGUUUUGUAAUUAUUAAUGGCAUUCGUUUCACAAAAGGUUAGUUUUACGGAUACAAAUAUUUUUUGAUACUACUUAUUUUUGUAAACCGAAAUAUCGAAGAUAAUUUUAUUUUAUAGAAUGUUCAGUUUUAGUUUUUCUUUUUACGAAAUUGCAUUUUGAUGUAGUAAAUGUUAUUUAUUCUAACAAGACAAAAUUUAAAAAUAUGUGUUUCUAAAUGUUAUAAAAGUAUUCAAGAAUACUCAGACUUAUGCAUUAUCUGCCCUUAGGGAAUCUUCCAAAUUAUCAUUAGUCAUAGUAAAUCUCUGGAAAAUUAGAAUAUCGCUUUAUUGUUAAAUGUAAAGGUAAUUUUAGCAAAAUCGUUAUUAUAAAUUGAGAUUGUAGGGGCUCUUAUUCUCAAUGCUUACAAUGACAUAACAUCACUGAAAUCAUAAUUGUUAGUACCUACAAAAAAUAAAAACCUUUUGUGCGCUAUUGCUCAGGAAUGAGGGUCCACAAAUAAUUUUAGUUUUUAUUUAUGUCCAAUAUUUUUUGGAAUGUUUUAUCUAUUUUUUAUACCAAUAAUUUGUAUACUUUUGUAAGUUAUUAAUACCAUUUAAUUUAUUAUAUUAUGUAACGUUUAUACGUAAAAAUGUGUUUCUGACAUACACGAAGCCUUCAUUAUAUAUCCAAAUAACAUUUUAAAUAUUUUAUGAGAAUUUUACAAAUUUUGGAAAUCAUAAGAAAAUAAGAACAAUAUCAGUAAGUUAUCAGGAAUUUACAUAAUAUACAUAAAUUACAUUUUUAUUUAAGUAUAUUAAUUGCCUGAUUAUAUUGAAUGUACCAUUUAUGCCAAUUUUUAACGAUCUUAAUUUAAGAGUUGUUGACUCUCCUUUAUUUCGUCCAUUUUGUCAAAGAUUUAUAUGAGCAUUUUUUAUUUUAGAUUUGUAAACCGUUCUUUAAGAAAAUGCGCUACAAUUAUUUCCAGAAUAUUUUGUGUUUACUUGAUUGCAAGAUAGUUUUAUCGGGGCAAUUAAUUACUUUGAUAUAAAAAAUUGCUAAAAAUAUCAGCAUUUUCUUAAAAAACUAAUAAAGUAGUUUUUUUUGCAAUUGUGGGUAUUAAAAUGUGAAAUAUCCAAUUUAUCAAAUAUGUUUGUUAUUUACAUAUUUAUCUUUUUAGAGCUUGUUAUGUAAAAAAUAUUACUAUCACCUGUCAUUGCAAUUGUUACAAUAUAAUUUUCAAUAAAAUCAUAAUUUACCGUUUACUAA